AUGAGACAGCUAACUGAAGAAGAAACUAAAGUCGUGUUCGAAAAGCUUGCUGGAUACAUAGGAAGAAACAUAUCGUAUUUGGUGGACAACAAAGAAAAUCCACAUGUUUUUAGACUACAGAAAGAUAGAGUAUACUAUGUCCCAGAAAAUGUUGCCAAACUGGCUACAAGUGUAGCAAGACAAAAUCUUAUGUCCUUAGGUAUCUGUCUAGGUAAAUUCACCAAAACCGGUAAAUUCAGAUUGCAUAUAACUGCCCUUUCCAUAUUGGGUCAACAUGCCAAGUACAAGAUUUGGAUCAAACAAAAUGGUGAAAUGCCAUUCCUUUACGGUAACCAUGUUUUAAAAGCUCAUGUUGGUAAAAUAUCUGACGAUAUUCCAGAGCAUGCAGGUGUUAUUGUUUUCUCCAUGCACGACGUUCCUCUAGGUUUUGGUGUUAGUGCAAAGAGCACUUCUGAAUCCAGAAAUCUCCAGCCAACCGCUAUUGUUGCAUUCAGACAAGCUGAUAUUGGUGAGUAUUUGAGAGACGAAGAUACAUUAUUUACCUAG